UGUACUGUAGAAACGCCACACGUCUGCGUGAAGGACGAUCCUUGGACCCAUCAUCUUCCAGCACAUCUCGGAGAGACAACUUGUGGAAGCAUGUCCGCCCUGGUACGUCUGAGGCUGCUGCCCAGCGCCAAGUGCCUGUACACCCAGCCCGUCCGGGUUGUGGUGGACGGCCUGCGCUCGUCCCAGGUAGUCACCGUGAAGGCCAGGGCCACCGACGACAAGGGGGUGCCGUUCCACGCCUCCGCCGUCUACAGGGCCGACGCGGGCGGGGCCGUGGACCUCGGCAGGGAGCCCUCGCUGGGCGGGAGCUACACGGGCUUGGAGCCCAUGGGUCUGCUGUGGUCCCUGAGGGCCGACGCCCUCCACACCAAGUUCUGCAAGAGCGACUCCCGGAGGCCCCACGUGGUCAGGUUCUCCGUGCACGAUGGAGAGGCGGGGGCUGGCCCCCUGUUGGCCGAGGCGACCAAUGAGAGGCGUCUGCUGGCGGAUGGGGUCGAACGGCAACCAAUCAAAGAAGGGAACAUCCGGGGAGUUCUCUUUGUACCCCCUGGAGAUGGCCCCUUCCCUGCUGUCUUGGACCUCUACACAUUUGGCGGUGGGCUGACUGAGAGACGAGCCUCUCUCCUGGCCAACUGUGGCCUCAUGGUUCUGACCCUUGCGCUGUACGGCCAUGACGACCAGCCCAAGAAGGUUGCAAAGCUUCACUUGGACCACUUUGAGGAGGCAAUACAGUUGUUAGGGAAGCAUCCAAAGGCCAUGGAUUCGGGCGUUGGCUUAAUAUCAAUAUCCAAGAGCGGAGAUCUGGCACUUUCCAUCGCCACGCACCUCCCAAACGUUAAAGCCACCGUGUGGAUAAACGGCUGCUGCUCCAACGUCGUGCUACCCCUCUACUACAGAGGGAGUCAAAUACACUCUGCACUGAUGUACGACGUUGGUCGUGUUAGAGUCACCGAGUCUGGGGCUUUGAACAUAAAGCACGGCCUUGACGACCCUCUGGCCCCGGAGAACGAGGGAUCGCUGAUCCCCAUCGAACGAGCCACAGGGCGCUUCCUCUUCGUGGCCGCCGAGGACGACCUCAACUGGGACAGUUGUCAUUUUGCCGACCAGAUGACGGAGAGGCUGAGACGUCAGGGGAAGGACAACUUUGAGAAGGUGGUGUACCCGGGAGCAGGGCACUAUCUGGAGCCGCCGUUCGGGCCAUACUGCCCGUCCAGCUUCCACGGGGUGGUGGGGGCGCCGGUCGCCUGGGGCGGGGAACCCAAGGCCCACGCCAAGGCUGAGAUGCACCUGUGGAACAAGAUCCAAGAGUUCUUCAGAACGCACCUGGUCCCAGAGGCUGGUGCAGCCAAAGAUAGGUUAUAGGAGGCUGCAGCCUCCUAUAACCUUAAGCUCCGGAGUAAAAUGUUCAAUGUUAUGAUUUGUGCCUCCUUCUGUUGAAAUGAAACUAUGAGCCUUGUUUGAUGAAUUGCCAUAUCACACAAAAAGAAAGAUAUACUACUGAGGCAUGUUCCCAUCUUGA